UGAUCAUACACAUAUAAGGGCUACCGUCAUUCCCCCAUGAACCACUCGCAAUCAUCCUUCCAUAUCCAGUUCCUCGGGCCCUCUAUUAAACGACCCCUACUGCCCACUCCAACAGAGGACCUGGCCACCACCAACAAAACUCAACUCGUCAAUACCCUUCGUUAAUAUACAGCACUGACCCCGCUGUUCGAAGGUUCAUUCUCGCACUCAUCCUAUCAUUUUUCAACGAGUUACUUUCUAGAAAGGCACUGACCCCGCCUUCUUUCCCUUUCCAUUACACCUAUAAUACCCUGACCCAAAGACGCCAUCAUGAACGUCCUCAUCUUCGGAGAUCAGACCGCUGAUCAGUUUCCCCUCCUCAAGAAGGUGGCUACAUGGAGGAAUAAUGCCACACUUACGACCUUCCUCGACCGGGCCAGUGUUGUUCUCCGCGAAGAGGUUCAGAAACUGCCCAAAACACAGCGCGACCAGAUCCCAGAUUUCCUGACCACUUGGGAUCUCAUCAACACGUACUACACCGAAGGCAAGAAGAUUGCUCAGCUCGAGAGCUGCAUGGUCACUCUUGCCCAACUUGCACACUUCAUUGGAUACUACGGCGAGAACCCGACCGAUCUACCCAACCCUGCCAACACACGACUUGUCGGUCUGUGCACUGGAUCCAUUGCAGCCUCGGUCGUAGCGUCCGCACGAUCGAUCAGUGAGCUGCUGCCUCUUGCAACAGAAGCUGUCCGUGUCGCCUUCCGCGUCGGUACCUGCGUUGGGGCGGCCAAGGAUGCGCUUGGGCAGUCUUCUGAGGCCAAAGAAAGCUGGUCGACCAUUGUCACAGGUAUUUCUGAAAUCGCAGCAAAGAAGGCUCUGUCCACGUUUCACGAUGAGCGACGGAUACCAGCCUCGGCGCGCGCCUAUGUUAGCGCGGUUAGCGUCAUGGCCCUGACUAUCAGCGGCCCACCGUCAACGACGAAACGCCUAUUUCAGGAGAUCGACGCGUUCAGAAACAAUACCCGCGUGCCCAUCCCUGUAUAUGCGCCUUACCAUGCCUCGCACAUGCAUGCUCAAGCCGAUAUCGAUCGCAUCCUGGACAGCGAGGCGACCAGGCACUUCCAGCAGUUCCGACCCCUGGCUCUGAUCCACUCGGCAGCCAGCGGCAAAUGUCAAACCGCGACCAGCACUCUCGACUUGAUGCGAAAUGCCCUUUCCGAUAUGCUCCUCGAGCCCGUGCGCUGGGACAGCCUGCUUGGUGAAGUCGUCUCUCAGGUGACCACCACUGGUAGCGCAGACUGCUCUGUCGCCGCUAUUGGUGUAACCAACAUUGCCAAUAGCCUUGCAUCUGCUCUCAAGGCAGGUGGGCAGUCUCGCACCACGGUUCGUGACCAUACUUCGUGGGUGCAGACUGAACAUGCUACCCGUGGCCGUACUCAGAGCGACAAGAUUGCUAUUGUCGGUAUGUCUGGUCGCUUCCCCGGUGCAGCCACCCCUGAAGCACUUUGGGAGCUCCUUGAGAAGGGUCUCGAUGUCCACCGCGAGGUUCCGUCAGACCGCUUUGAUGCUCAGGCUCAUUGUGAUUCCUCUGGAAAGGGGAAGAACAAGAGCCACACUCCUUACGGCUGCUUCAUUGACGAGCCUGGUCUAUUUGACCCUCGUUUCUUCAACAUGUCUCCGCGUGAGGCUGCCCAGACUGAUCCUAUGGGUCGUCUCGCCCUAACGACAGCUUUCGAGGCGUUGGAGAUGUCUGGCUACGUUCCUAACCGCACACCAUCUACCAAGCUGAACAGGAUCGGAACCUUCUAUGGCCAGACCUCCGAUGACUGGCGUGAAAUCAACGCUUCUGAGAACAUUGACACCUACUUCAUCACUGGUGGUGUGCGUGCGUUUGCUCCCGGACGCAUCAACUACUACUUCAAGUUCUCUGGUCCCUCGUACAGCAUUGAUACUGCCUGCUCGUCUUCCCUCGCAGCUAUCCAGUUGGCCUGCACCUCGCUCUGGGCUGGCGAUUGCGACACUGCAUGUGCUGGUGGUCUUAACGUUCUUACCAACCCUGACAUUUUCUCAGGCCUGAGCAAGGGCCAAUUCUUAUCAAAGACCGGCGGUUGCAAGACCUACGACAAUGAUGCUGACGGUUACUGCCGUGGUGACGGCUGUGGAUCAGUGGUGCUGAAACGCUACGAAGAUGCCAUUGCUGACCAGGAUAAUAUCCUUGGUUGCAUCCUCGGUGCCGCCACAAACCACAGUGCCGAAGCCGUCUCUAUCACCCACCCUCACGCUGGUGCUCAGGAGUACCUCUACAGCAAGGUCCUCGCCAAUGCUGGUGUUGACGCCCACGAUAUCAGCUACGUGGAGAUGCAUGGAACUGGUACCCAGGCUGGUGACGGGAUCGAAAUGACCUCUGUAACCAACGUCUUUGCCCCACGUCAUCGUCAGCGUCGCCCUGAGCAGACUCUCCAUCUUGGUGCUAUCAAAGCCAAUAUUGGUCACGGUGAAGCUGCUUCAGGUAUCAAUUCUCUCGUUAAGGUCUUGUUGAUGAUGAAGAACAAUGCUAUCCCUGCCAAUGUCGGCAUCAAGGGAGUUAUGAACAAGACUUUCCCCAAGGAUCUUGCUCAACGCAACGUUCACAUCUCUACUACACAGGUUGCACUUCCGCGCAAUGGCGCUGAGAAGCGCAGGAUUUUCCUAAACAAUUUCUCUGCAGCUGGUGGUAACACCGCUAUUCUGCUAGAGGAUGGUCCUUUGCGCGAGGCGCCGAACGGCGUUGAUCCUCGCACAAUGCACACCGUUACUGUCACUGCCAGAUCCAUUGCAUCCCUCAAAAGGAACAUUAACAACAUCAUCAAGUUCCUAGCGGAGAAUCCAGAGACCACACUUCCUAGCUUGGCCUAUACUACCACUGCUCGUCGCAUUCAGCACAACUACCGCGUCGCUAUUUGCGUCGACGACAUCUCGAAGGUGAAGGAUGCUCUCCAGACUCAGCUGAAAGACUCUUACAACCCACUCCCCAUGGUACCAACCAAGACUGCCUUCACUUUCACUGGCCAAGGCUCGCAGUACACCGGUCUCGGCCAGAAGCUGUACGAAGAUCUUGACUCGUUCAAGGCAGAUAUCGACCAGCUUGACAACAUCGCACGUCUGCACGGUCUUCCAUCAUUCCUGCCCUUGCUCACUGGUACUGAUGUUGCCACACUCUCGCCCGUCAUUGUACAGCUUGGUAUGGCUUGCAUACAGGUCGCUCUUGCCCGCAUGUGGGAAUCUUGGGGCAUCAAGCCGAUUGCUGUCGUCGGCCAUAGCCUCGGCGAGUACGCUGCGCUCCACGUCGCUGGUGUCAUCUCUGCCAGCGAUAUGGUCCUCCUAGUCGGCCGCCGCGCUGAGAUUCUUGAACAGGAGUGUACUGCUGGUACGCACGGUAUGCUUGCCGUCAAAGGCAGCGCUUCCUCCAUCAAGGCCGCUCUUGGCGAUAAGAUGACCGAGAUUGCUUGCAUGAACGGCCCUGAGGAGACUGUACUCUGCGGCACAGUCGAAGUUGUCGAGUCUACCAACCAGCUCCUCUCUGGUCAGGGCUUCAAGUCCACGAAGCUCAAUGUGCCUUUCGCGUUCCAUUCUGCUCAGGUCGAGCCGAUUCUGGCGAAGUUCCAGGAAGUUGCCGCUGCCGUUGUAUUUAGCAAACCGCAGGUACCGGUCAUGUCCCCUCUCACUGGAGAAGUCAUUUGCGAGGCUGGUAUCAUCAACGCCGCGUACUUGGCUCGCCAUGCGCGUGAGACUGUCAACUUCUGGACUGCCUUGACUGCUGGUAAAGACCAGAAGCUCUUCGACGAGAAGACUACUUGGCUCGAGGUUGGCGCCCAUCCUGUCUGCAGUGGCAUGGUUAAGUCCACCCUCGGUGGGACACCCAUCACUGCUGGGUCCCUUCGCCGUAAUGAGGAUCCAUGGAAGACUCUUUCCAACACCAUUGCGACUCUUCAUCUCGCCGGUGUGGCUUUCGACUUCAAUGAGUACCACAGACAAUUCAAGAGUGCCUAUGAGCUGUUGACACUUCCGACGUACAGCUUCGAUAGUAAGAAGUACUGGCUCGACUACCACAACAACUGGACCCUGACCAAGGGCGAGGCCGUCCAGCCUGCUCAGCCCAAGGCCAUCGAGGCUCCUGUCGAGAUUCCAUCCAAAUUAUCCACUACGUCCUGCCACAAGAUUGUCCACGAGGAGCUUCAUGCUAACUCUGGUACUGUGGUCAUCCAGUCCGAUCUGUCUGACCCUAAGCUCAAGGCAGCUAUCACUGGCCACAAAGUCAAUGGAACUCCUUUGUGCCCAUCGUCGCUGUACGCCGACCAGGCCAUGACUGCCGCUGACUACCUUUACCAACAGCUGCGUCCCAAUAUGCCUACGCCCGGCCUCAACGUCCACGCCAUGGAGGUGCCGAAGACUCUGAUUCCUCAAUGGCCAGCCCCAGCCGGUGGCCAGCACUUGCAAAUUGAGGCUACUGCUGACCUCGAGACCAACCAGGUCGACGUCAGAUUCCGCACAGUGACCGCCGACGGGUCCAAGGUCCUUGCCGAGCACGCCUUUGGAGUUGUCAAGUACGAAGAUGUCAAAGUCUGGAAAGAGGAGUGGAGUCGCAUCCAGUACAUGGUCCAGACUCAAAUUGAUGUCCUCAAGCAAAAGUUAGAGACCGGCGCUGCUCAUAAGGUGCUGCGUGGCAUGGCCUACAAGCUCUUCAAGGCCCUGGUGACCUACGCUGACAACUACCGUGGUAUGGAGGAGGUCAUUUUAGAUGGGAAGAAUACCGAAGCAACUGCUCAAGUCCAGUUCCAGACCACUCCGGCAGAUGGAGAGUUCUUCUGCUCCCCAUACUGGAUUGACAGCUUAGCUCACCUCUCUGGCUUCAUUGUCAACGCUUCUGACCAGCUCGACUCCGACAACUCGGUCUACAUCUCCCACGGCUGGGGGUCCAUCAAGAUCUCAAAGCAGCUUUCUCCUGAGAAGAAGUACCGUUCCUAUGUCCGUAUGCAACCCGCUCCUGGCAAUAUUUCCGUCGGUGAUGUCUAUAUCCUUGAAGGCGAGGAGAUCAUCGGAAUGGUUCUUGGUCUCAAGUUCCAGAACAUCCCUCGUCGUGCUCUCAACAUUAUGAUGCCACCGGCUGGCGUCAAGACAGCUCCCGCCGCGAAGUCUUUCGUCAAGUCUGUUCCGGUCAAGGCCAUUGCUGCCGCACCUGUCAAGGUCGCACCUGCUGUUACCAAGGCCGUGAAGCCUGCAGCGAAACCUGUCAAGGCCAAGGUCGUCAAGCAAGUCAACAGCGGCGUCACAGCCAAAGUCAUGAAAAUCAUUGCUGAAGAGACGGAUGUUGACAUGUCUGAGCUCGUUGAUGAUGCUGCCUUCGAGAACCUCGGAGUCGACUCCUUACUUUCUUUGACCAUCUCGGCUAGGUUCCGCGAGGACCUGGAUAUGGACAUCCCGUCAACUCUCUUCACCGACUGCGCCAGUGUUGGCGAGUUGAAGAAGCACUUCAAUCAGUAUGAUGGUGGUGCCACCAUCAUCGAGGACAAUGCCUCAGAUACUACUGACGAGCCGUCUGACCCCUCCACGCCCUACGAGCGUGAUGCUGGCAGCACACCUCCCAGCUCCGCCCCCAGUGUUGACGGAAAUGACAUUGAUAUCAAGGUCUCCGAAGCAGUUGUCGGGGGUGAGGAUAGCCUUGCUCGCAAGCUUGUUGCUGAGGAGAUGGGUGUCGAUGUUGCAGAGAUCACUGACGAUCUCGACCUGACUGAUAUCGGUAUGGAUUCCUUGAUGAGCUUGACAAUUCUUGGAUCCCUCCGCGAACAGACUGGACGCGAUCUCCCUGCCGACUUCCUCACAGUCAACGUCACAAUCAAGGCUAUCGAAACCGCCCUCGAUAUGCGUGCCGCUCCCAAGGAAGUCAAAGUUACCGCCAAGAUCACCGCUCAGGCUCCCCAACUUGCAGAGGUUAACAAGAAGCUCGCUCAGGCUAUUGAUGUCUCUCAACUACCCACUGCCAACUCCGUGCUGCUCCAGGGCAAUCCUAAGAUUGCUACCAAGAAGUUCUUCUUGGUCCCUGAUGGCUCCGGUAGUGCUACAUCCUACAUAUCCAUUCCCAACAUCUCCCCCGACAUGGCAGUUUACGGAUUGAACUGCCCAUUCAUGAAGUGCCCUGAAAAAUGGGAAUGUGGUGUAGAGGGUGUUUCUCAGAUCUACCUGAAGGAAAUCAAGCGCCGCCAACCUGAGGGUCCUUACAUCAUUGGAGGAUGGUCAGCUGGCGGUGUUAUGGCCUACGAAGUUGCUAAGCAGCUUGUUGAUGCUGGCGAGAAGGUUGAGAACCUUGUUCUGAUCGAUGCUCCUUGCCCGGUCGCUCUCGAUCCUCUACCAGCUCGUCUCCACAUUUUCUUCGAUCAGAUUGGUCUUCUUGGUACCGGAAAGCCUGGUGGUACUCCCUCAUGGCUUCUGCCUCAUUUCGCUUCGGCCAUCCAGAACUUGAAGAACUACGAUCCUGUUCCUAUGGACCCGAAAAUUGCACCUCCUGUCCUCGCCAUCUGGUGCACCGACGGCGUGUGCCCCAACCCCGAGGACCCUCGCCCACCACCAGGUGAGGGAGAGGACCCAGCUCCUAUGAAGUGGCUCCUCAACAACCGCACUGUCUUUGAUGAUAACGGCUGGGCUCAGCUGCUCCCUAAGGAGAAGUUCGAGUACGCUGUCAUGGGCGGUAAUCACUUCACAAUGAUGAAGGGUGAACAUGGUGCUACACUUGGCAAGCUCCUUCAGAAGGGUCUCAAGCUAUAGGCUUUUACCCUUUGGCACGUAGAUUGUACAGAUAGCAUACAUCUCCUUUGUUCAAGUGUUGAACCUGGGGUUGUGGGCGUUUAGGGUUGUUACAGGUAUACACUGGGCUGCUGGCAUUAUUCAGCGUUUCCAGCAAGACACAAGCGUUGUUCCACUGGUCAUGGCUCACGCAAUGUUUCUUGCUUCUUUGUGUUGACGAAUUGUAUGACAUUUUGUUUUACUCGGCAUGUUUAUCGCUUGGAUAGUCCGUAGUACUUAGCGUUCACUCCACAAUCUGCAUUCUCUU